AUGUCUCGGAGAACACCCAAUUUCUCGACGCGAACCCCCGAAGAGGAUGUCUCCAGGCUUGCUCCCAGUGAUUCGGCGCAUGCAUCGCCUGAGGAGAGCAGCGGGUUCCUCCAGUCCUGGCGCCACAGGCUAUCAUUUCGACCAUAUGAACCAUUGAACUCCUCGUCAUCUCGACCAUCCAACCGUCAGCGUCAUUCAUUACCCUCGAACUUUUUUAGCAGUCUCUUUCGUUGGUGGGAUAAACGGGACAAUGGAGAGGGUGAAGGGCAGGAAAGGGCACGAUCCCAUUUGUCGCUCUCUGCUGGUCCGUUAAGGGAGUCUAGCCGCGACAGGAGUAAGGCCCAGAGUCGACCCAAGGUGGAGGGAUCUGACAAGCUGGGAACAUUCUCGGGAGUAUUUGUCCCCACGACGCUGAACGUACUGAGCAUUCUGAUGUUCUUGCGUUUUGGGUUUAUCCUCGGGCAGGCUGGCUUGCUGGGAAUUCUGGGACUACUUCUCGUUUCCUAUACUAUCAACCUUGUCACCACCAUGUCUCUUUCUGCCAUUGCAACAAAUGGAACUGUUAAAGGGGGCGGCGCAUACUAUUUGAUCUCUCGGUCUUUGGGGCCGGAAUUUGGUGGUUCCAUUGGCAUUGUGUUUUACCUGGGAUAUGUUCUGAACACCGGAAUGAACGCUGUCGGUCUGGUGGACUGCUUUGCGCAGAACUUCGGAGCAGAAUCUGGAACUUGGGGCAACUUCCUCCAGGAAGGAUUUUGGUGGGAGUACCUCUGGGGGACCGUCGUCUUGAUCCUAUGCACCGGGAUCUGCUUGGCCGGAAGCUCCAUAUUCUCUCGAGCAAGCAAUGGAUUACUUGUAGUCUUGCUGGUGGCAACCUUUAGCAUCCCGGUAUCAGUAUUGGUCAUGCAGCCUUUCAGCGUUCCACGACUUGGGAUUGAAUUUACGGGACUGAGUCUUCGAACAUUGAUGGAGAAUCUCAAGCCAAGGUUUACGAAGCAUGCGGCUGGCAGCCAGAUUCCCGGACGGGAGAAUUUCCAGGAUCUUUUUGGAAUUCUGUUUCCUGCUACCGGAGGUAUCUUUGCUGGUGCCAGCAUGUCCGGAGACCUCAGAAAUCCGAGCAGGUCAAUUCCCUCCGGGACACUCUCUGGUUUGGCAUUGACCUUUAUCACUUAUACUCUGGUUAUUCUCGCCAUGGCUGCAUCAAUAACAAGAGCGUCUCUUUAUAAUAAUGCCAACGUUAUGCAAGUGGUCAAUCUCUCUGGUGUGGUCAUUCUUCUCGGAGAGUUUGCGACGUCCUUUUUCUCUUCACUAAUGGGAGUGAUCGGUUCCGCAAAGCUCCUCCAGGCCAUUGCUCGAGACAGCCUACUUCCAGGGCUGAGUAUCUUCAGUCAAGGCACCAAGAAGCAUGACGAGCCUAUCUACGCCAUCGUCAUGACCUAUGUUGUCGCCCAGCUUACGAUGCUUUUCGACAUCAACCAGAUCGCGUCUUUUGUCACGAUGACUUAUCUCAUGACAUUCUUAGUGACUAACUUAGCGUGUUUCCUGCUCAAGAUUGGUUCUGCUCCUAACUUCCGGCCGUCUUUCCAUUAUUUCAACUGGCAAACUGCCGCUGCCGGGACGUUAGUCAGUGGAAUUAGCAUGUUUUUUGUGGACGGUCUCUACGCGGGAGGUUGCGUUGGUAUUCUAGCCUUGCUAUUCCUACUGAUUCACUACAACUCGCCUCCCAAGCCGUGGGGCGACGUCAGCCAGAGUCUGAUCUACCACCAAGUUCGCAAAUACUUGCUCCGUCUACGACAAGAGCAUGUCAAAUUUUGGCGCCCACAGAUUUUGCUGUUCGUUAGCAAUAUUGACGACCAAGAGAAAAUGGUCUCGUUCUGCAACUCUCUGAAAAAGGGGGCGCUUUUUGUGCUUGGCCACGUCCUCGUGACGGAGGAUUUCACCGCGGCUGUUCCUGAAGCACGUCGCCAGCAGAGCACGUGGACAAAAUUUGUAGAAUCCUCGAAAGUCAAAGCUUUCGUCAACAUGGCCGUGUCUCCAUCUGCUGAAUGGGGCAUCCGGAACGUCGUCUUGAAUGCGGGUCUGGGAGGGAUGCGGCCUAAUAUUGUCAUUAUUGAUCAGUUCCGCAGAGGACAGUCAUUGGUGGAAACGCUGAAUGCUAACCGGGAGGAGCCCGGGAUGAGCUGUAAGAGCUACGUGACUGUCCUCGACGAUCUUUUGUUCAAGCUACGGAUCAACGUUGCGGUUGCUAAAGGAUUCGAGCAUCUUGAGUUCCCUAGAGCUGACGGGCAGAAUACCAAACGGUACAUUGAUCUCUGGCCCAUUCAGAUGUCUGCGGCGCUGGGAGCGGAUAGCGAAAGCAAACGGAAUGUGCUUACGACAAAUUUCGACACUUAUACCCUGAUUCUUCAGUUGGGAUGCAUUCUCAACACGGUUCCGUCAUGGAAGAAAUCUUACAAGCUACGGGUAUCAGUCUUCGUCGAGUAUGAGACGGAUGUCGAAGACGAGCGUAUACGGGUUGAAGCGCUUCUCGAGAAAUUAAGAAUCGAAGCUGAAGUCAUGGUUUUCUGGCUGGCGUGUGGUGAUUCGAAAAUGUAUCGAGCAAUCGUUAACGGCGACAAGUCGCCGGGAAUGGAAAAGGCCCGGGAGAAGGCCCAUGAAGUGCUGAAGGAUGAAGAAUGGUGGCAAGAGAUUCAGAGGAUACGCCGCAGCGCCAGGGUUCAAAGAGGCUCGGGUCCUAAUCGACCGGGUCGUGUUUCCAGUUGGCAUCCGUCAAGCCACGAUGGCGGAUCAAAGGUGCAGAACCCCAAGAUUGGUGGAUUGAAGCGGUUCAUUAAAUCGUCGGACGGCCGUCGCCGGUCGAUUUCCAGUUUCCGGACAACUGGCAACGUUAACUUCGGAAUGCAAACACACCAUCUCCUUGAUGCGCUCGUGGAUUAUGAUAUCACAGAUAUCACUAGUGAUAGCAGUGAUAGCAGCAGCAGCGAUAGCGAUGAAAGCACAUUUGAGCCAUACGUCGAUGACCCGGGUAGCGGCAGCGAUGGUGACUAUGAUGAUGACAACCGCAGGGAUGAGGCUGACAGUAACACAAUGACCGGGGUCCAAGCGCCACGCAUCUUGAGUCCGAGUCAAUCCGCACUAUCUCCGGGUACAGUUUCUCUUGGAGGGGAAGACGAAGCUUCUGAUGCUGCAGGACCAUCAAUGGUAUCUGUCAUUCCCCCUUCCGAAGAGGGAAGUUUUACACCCCGAAGCCAAGCACCACCUGUACGGCCUAAACCCAGUCGUUCCCCAUCCAGCAAUCGCUUCAGCUCGUCGCCCAUUCCGGAACCCCGAGUCAAUGCGGACGAGACUGGGGGUCCGUCUAUUAUGUUUGCUGCCAACUCACCGCCGCCUCGAUCCUCGCCGGAGAGUAAAGCUGACUCGAUUUACACCCGUCAUUUAUGCGUCCCUGGAAGUGCACCAGCAGAACCAGCAGAACCAGCAUCUGGCUACCCUAGCCAAGCGGCCGUGCCGCUAUCGUUCAAUGACCUGCCCAGUCGGGCGCAGCAUCUAAUACUGAACGAGCUGAUGAUCCAGCAGAGCGCGGAGACAGCAGUUGUUUUCACGACGCUGCCGUCACCGAGUGAUGGAACGUCGCACAGUGAAGAGGCGAGCGAAUCGUAUCUGAGUGAUCUGGAUGUGCUGUGGCAGGGACUGCCGCCGUGCCUGUUGGUUCAUAGUAAUAGCAUGACGGUAACAAUGAAUCUUUGA